CUCUCUCUCUCUCUCCCUCUCUCUCUUCCCCAAUUUUUAAGAGCCCACUUUCUCUCUCCACCUCCCCAUUAGCCACAUCUCUUCUUUCUCCACCAUCUCCAUCUCCAAUGAAACACAGAGACAGACAGAGCCCUAUGUUAUUACCUUCUUCUCCUUCUACCUCUGCCAUGGAAGAUGAAACCAUUGUUUCUCAGAUACUCCUCGAUCUCAAGACCUUAAUGUCCUUAUCUGAAUCCCUUUCCAGAUUCAAUUGGACUUGCAGGAAGAGAAGAUCUUCCCUCGACACACCUCCGCCGCCGCCGCCGCCGCCUGGUAAGAAGACCCCCGCCGCCGUCGCCGUCGCCGCCGCCGUCCGCACCACCGCCAGCCCUGACACGCCGCUCACUUUCUCCCCUGGAGAUUGCGACGGAAAGUGCAACAAAUCCUCCAAGAAAAGAACGAGAGAUGAAUACAGAUGCACAAUACACGAAUUGAACCAGAAGAGAAACCUUCUUCGAGGGGAGAUCGAGACUGUGAAAAACUACUACCAAAAGCUCAAGGAUUUCAAUUCUGAGUUAAAAGGCGUAAAACAAAGGGUCCAUUUCAUCCAACCUGCAAACGCCAUUGCUGUGUUGAAUUCUUGCGCAAGAAAGGAUGAGGAAGAAGAAGAAGAUACACAGAUGGAGAUGGAAAGAAGGAUGAACAUUCCCCGCCAUCAUCCGCCGUUGAUGGGAGAUCCGACGGCGGAGAUUUUCCGAGCUCCAUUUGGUUCGAUCAGUAGCAAUGGGCUUGAAUCAGUCAACCAAUUGAGUCGACUCAAUUGGAUCGAUCUCAACAUGCCACCUGAGGAGAUAGAUGUAUCUCAGCCGUUGGAUGUCGUUGCCGAUAGACGGGCCAGAUUUGCCGAAGCCAGGAGGAAGAGGAAAGGGAUCAUUAAGGUUAAGGCUAUGAGAAAUGCUUGUGGUCUGAAACUGCCAUUUAAUAGAUAACAAUGAAUUUAAUUGUUAUUAUU